AUGACUAACGCUUUGCUCUCUAUAGCCGUUUUGCUUUUCUCGAUGCUCUCGCUAGCACAAGCGGAGACGCACACGUUUAAUUGGACCACUGGCUGGGACUACAGGAACGUUGAUGGGCUAAAGAGCCGUCCCGUGAUCACCUGUAAUGGCCAGUUCCCAUGGCCAGAUAUAACGGUCAACAAAGGUGACCGUGUGCAGAUUUACUUGACCAACGGAAUGAACAACACCAAUACUUCUAUGCAUUUCCACGGUCUCUUCCAAAACGGAACCGCCUCUAUGGACGGUGUGCCCUUCUUGACGCAAUGUCCAAUUGCGCCAGGCAGUACUAUGCUUUACAAUUUCACGGUGGACUACAAUGUAGGCACCUACUGGUACCAUUCACACACGGACGGUCAAUAUGAAGACGGGAUGAAAGGUCUUUUCAUCAUCAAGGAUGAUAGCUUCCCCUACGAUUACGAUGAGGAACUUUCUUUAUCGCUUAGUGAGUGGUACCACGACUUGGUCACGGACUUGACGAAGUCGUUCAUGAGUGUUUAUAAUCCGACAGGUGCUGAGCCCAUCCCACAGAACUUGAUUGUUAACAACACGAUGAAUCUGACAUGGGAAGUCCAGCCCGAUACGACGUAUCUUUUGAGAAUUGUCAACGUGGGUGGGUUCGUUUCGCAGUACUUUUGGAUCGAGGACCACGAAAUGACCGUGGUCGAAAUCGACGGUAUCACUACCGAGAAGAACGUAACGGAUAUGCUUUACAUCACUGUCGCUCAGAGAUAUACAGUCCUGGUUCACACUAAAAACGACACGGACAAAAAUUUCGCCAUCAUGCAGAAAUUUGAUGACACCAUGUUGGAUGUCAUUCCAAGUGAUUUACAGCUGAAUGCAACCUCUUAUAUGGUCUACAACAAAACCGCUGCGCUGCCCACACAAAAUUACGUGGAUUCAAUUGAUAACUUCUUGGACGAUUUCUACUUGCAACCGUACGAGAAAGAAGCCAUCUAUGGCGAGCCAGAUCAUGUGAUUACCGUUGACGUUGUUAUGGAUAACUUGAAAAACGGUGUGAAUUACGCCUUCUUCAAUAAUAUCACCUAUACUGCACCAAAAGUUCCUACUUUGAUGACCGUUUUGUCUUCAGGUGAUCAAGCAAACAACUCCGAAAUCUACGGUUCAAACACGCACACUUUCAUCCUAGAGAAGGAUGAAAUCGUGGAGAUUGUGCUAAAUAACCAGGACACAGGUACCCAUCCUUUCCAUUUACAUGGUCACGCUUUCCAAACCAUCCAGAGAGAUCGUACAUAUGAUGAUGCCCUAGGUGAAGUUCCUCACAGUUUCGAUCCGGACAACCACCCUGCCUUCCCAGAAUACCCAAUGAGAAGAGAUACUUUAUACGUUAGACCACAAUCCAAUUUCGUCAUCAGGUUUAAAGCCGAUAACCCAGGUGUUUGGUUCUUCCAUUGUCAUAUCGAAUGGCAUUUGUUGCAAGGUUUGGGUCUUGUUCUCGUGGAGGAUCCUUUUGGUAUCCAAGAUGCUCAUUCUCAACAACUCAGUGAAAACCACUUAGAAGUUUGCCAGAGUUGCUCUGUGGCCACUGAAGGUAACGCCGCUGCCAAUACACUGGAUUUAACUGAUUUAACUGGUGAAAAUGUUCAGCAUGCCUUCAUUCCUACCGGUUUUACCAAAAAAGGUAUUAUUGCCAUGACAUUCUCCUGCUUUGCCGGUAUUCUUGGUAUUAUCACAAUUGCAAUUUAUGGUAUGAUGGAUAUGGAAGAUGCGACCGAAAAGGUUAUUCGAGACUUGCACGUGGACCCUGAAGUCUUGCUAAAUGAGGUUGAUGAAAAUGAAGAGCGUCAGGUAAACGAAGAUCGUCAUUCCACUGAAAAGCAUCAAUUUUUAACUAAAGCCAAACGGUUCUUCUAA